AUGUACUCGCAGCGCCCAUUGUCCUAUGCGCCUACGCCCUAUAGCUACACACCCAAUACGGCCCGGUCGGCCUCCAUCAAUCUUGAUGAAGAAGUCAAGCUAGCAUCCAGCUCAACAGAGCGUGACCUAUACGAAUCCUUGGCGGAGAUUUAUAGCAUCGUCGUCACCCUGGAUGGACUUGAGAAGGCAUACAUUAAAGACGUGGUUACCGAGGCAGAAUAUACCGAAACAUGCACCCGGUUGUUGAAACAAUACAAAUCCAGCUUAGGAGAUGAGGCAGUGUCUCGAGAGUUUGUGGAUCUGGAGACUUUCAAGCAUACUUGGGGUUUAGAAUGCCCUCGAGCCACCGAGCGAUUGCGCAUUGGUCUUCCUGCGACAGUAGAGCAAGCUUCCCAUGGUGUAUCAGCUCCUACCUUGGCAGCAACCACAGGGCCGGCCGGCGCAUCUGGCAGUCUCAUUCUAGCGGCGACGGAGAAUUUCAUUACUUUCCUCGAUGCUUUGAAGCUUAACAUGGUAUCCAAGGAUUCUCUACACCCUUUGCUGUCUGAGGUGAUUCAAUCUGUGAACAAAGUCACCGACAGUGAUUUUGAAGACCGCGGAAAGAUCAUCCAGUGGUUGAUCGCCUUGAAUCAGAUGCGGGCCACCGAGGAACUGAGUGACGAUCAAGCACGAGAACUUGCAUUUGAUAUUGAACAGGCUUACCAAGGCUUCAAGGCGACUUUGAACUAA